GAAUAAUUGAGAUUGCGCUGAAUGCUGCUGGGAACUGACCCAAUUUUGGAGUCAGUAAGCCUUUAUAAAUCAGGCCUGACUCAACUCUAGGGGGGGUUUAUCGUCCAGUUGGAGCCGGGAUUUCCGCUUUAAUAACAGUAAACCCACUUUAAUACAACUAUUGUGGGGACAACCGAUAAAAUUUAGCACCACUUCACUAUAGUAUGUACAAAUUAGCCGUUAGUUAACCGUUGCUGUUGCCAUGGAGCAGAGCCAGCAGGCGGUGGGCGGGCUCUCACCGGCUUUCCUCUGAUUGGUGGAGCAUCCAGCGCUCCUCUUCCUCUUCGAUGAACCCAUUGAGAGGUCGGCUAAAGCUGAAGCUGUUAGUGCCUUAUCAGAGCUGUCUUUACCGCACAAUGACAACACUGUCGCAGACAAAAGAACUCUUCCGGAGAGCAGAAGCUGUCUGUUUCGAUGUGGACAGCACGGUCAUCAAAGAAGAAGGCAUUGAUGAACUUGCCAAAUUCUGCGGUGUGGGGGAUGCAGUCACUGAAAUGACUCGCAAAGCCAUGGGUGGCUCAAUGACAUUUAAAACAGCCCUGACUGAGCGUCUCUCCAUCAUCCGAUGUUCCAGAGAACAAGUGAACAAGCUGAUUACAGACCAUCCACCCCAGCUGACUCCAGGUAUCAGGGAGCUUGUGGACCAUCUUCACCAGCGCAACAUCAAGGUGUUCCUCAUUUCAGGCGGCUUCCGCUGCAUUGUUGAACAUGUGGCCACUCAGCUAAACAUUCCUCUGCACCAUGUUUAUGCCAACCGGCUCAAGUUCUACUUCAAUGGAGAGUAUGCUGGUUUUGAUGAGAGUCAGCCGACAGCUGAGAGUGGUGGAAAAGGAAAGGUCAUCAGCAUGCUGAAGGAACAGUUCGGCUUCAAGACUGUGGUGAUGAUUGGAGAUGGAGCCACUGAUCUAGAGGCCUGCCCUCCUGCUAGUGCCUUCAUUGGAUUUGGCGGCAAUGUCGUCAGGCCGCAGGUUAAGGACAGGAGUUCGUGGUACGUCACAAGCUUUGGAGAGCUCCUGAAGGAACUGGAGAAGAUCUAAGAUGCUAAAAGAGUACUGUUACUAAUUUUAACAUUUUAUAUUUGCACCUAAAGGUGUGCCUCUGAUGGUUUUAUCCAGUGCACGUUUUCUCCCUUUAGACUCUGUCAAUAGAUUUUUAUAAUGAAUGAAAAUGUUUACACUAGAGAGACCAAUUUUACCUUCAUGAAGCUGUUGCCCUCUUGAUUUUUAUACUAGAAGAUACUAAAAAAAAUAACCAAACACCGUCUUAUGUGGAGGUUAGAAAGACGAUUUUAGUGUUUUUGCACUUUUUGCAUCAAAGACUUUAGGUAAGCUAAUACAACUCCUGCAUAUUAUGGUAUGUGCAAUGAGCGAUAGAAAUGUUUUUAAUUCUGUAUGGGUGUUAAAAACUGUAACCGGACAUGUCAUUGAGUGUGGUGACUUCAGUCCUGUAAAGAUCAGCAUUAAACACAACAACAUGCUGUCAAGAAAGCUGUUUCAACUACUUUAA